CCGGCGGAGAGGGAGGACGCGCUUCUCCACCGCGCUCGCGAGGAGGACGAAAACGACGUGUCCGGUGGACAGUGGCGCACGCGAGACCCUGUUACACUUAGACCCACAAGUCCGGGGAAACGUGAGAGCGGAGUGCGUCUCUGCUGACAAGUCCGCGCGCGCGAUUCGGGGAUUUUUGCGCAGGUCAUGGCAUUUGUUUUGAAACUAAAGAGAGCGCACUCUGUGUUGGAGACAACUAAUUCACAAAGAUGAGACACGCGGGGAGCGACCGACAGCAUUCACGGGGACUGUGGUCUUCUCAGGCGGGACAAAGCCGUGCAAGUCUGAACUCGCGGGGCGGUCGGCGUCUCGCGGUCACCUUCUGAAAUGAUGUCUCGUGGCGACGUGCGCGGCGCCUCGGCGUGCGUGUGACUGACUGACUGACCGAGAGUCUUCCUGAGAGAGAAAGAGAGGCUGGAUAUAAACGGCAGCCAGGUGUCAAGGCAGCCUCAGCCAGACCCCCCGUGCAGCCAGCCCGCCUCUCCCCCAGCUCCUCACACCCAUGCAGGAUGCCCGGAGAGCGCCGGGGAGUCCUGGUCCAGCUCAGCCCGAGUUCAUGACGGUCUGGGCGUCCUCGUCAUGCGUCUCCUGCCCGAGCCCAGUGCCCAGUCCCUCAGACUCCUCUUCCUCUUUAUCUUCGUGAUGGGGGUGACUCCUUCGCCGGCUCUCACGGCCGGCUGCCCCGACAGGUGUGUGUGCGACGACCAGCUGGUGGUCCAGUGCGCCGGGCAGGAUCUCACCCAGUUUCCCAAUGACCUCCCCCUCGCCACCCGGCAGCUAAUCAUCUCCAACAACCGCAUCGGGGACCUUCCGGCGCUCCAGCUCAACUACCUGUCCGAUUUGGUGUAUCUGGAUUGUAGCAACAACUCUUUGACUGAGAUCUCCGAAUCCACUUUUGGAAACUUGCGCAAACUUGCCUACCUGGACCUGUCGUUCAACACUCUGCUGCAGAUCGAGGACCGGACUUUCGGGCCCCUGGCGUCUCUCGUGAUGCUCCGGUUGACGGAUAACCCGAGUCUGGGGGAGAUCCACCCGGAUGCCUUCGCGGAGAACAUUGCCCUGCAGGUGCUGGAUGUGAGCCGGAACAACCUGACGGCCCUAAACAUCAGCAGCCUGAUCGCCCUGCCCGCGCUGCGCUCUCUGGGGCUCAGCGGGAACCCCUGGAGGUGCGACUGUGACACGGAGGACCUCUGCCUUUGGGUGCAGAUCGAGGGCUUCAAGUUUCAAGACGAGGGCCAGACAGUGUGCCACAGUCCCCCGGAGCUGGCGGGCCAGCGGCUGGCGGAGGUUGGCAUGCAGCUGCGGGCGGACUGCCACCAAGGCCUGGGCUACUGGGACUACCUCUUCUUCAUCGCCAUUGGCUUUGUCAUCUUCUCGGCCGGCACGGUGUCGGCCUGGGUCAUGGGCGUGCUCAUGGUGCUGUACGAGCGCUACAGCAAGCGGAAGAGCGAAGAGCUGGACAGUGACGACGAGGACGACAGGGGAGGGAUGGGCACGGGCGGAGGAGGUGGCGGAGGAGGAGGAGGAGGAGGAGGAGGUGGAGGAGGAGGGAACCAGGGGAAUGGGGAUCUGAGCAAGCCUGGCAUGCAGGUGUGAAGAACUAGACGAGAGGAUGAAUAACACAAGGACAGGAGGAGAGAAGACGGAAACGAGGACCCAGAAGUGAUGAGAGGCGUCUGAGACCAAAGGCUCAGCUAUGAACUCUGAUCUGCCGUCUCUCUUUGUUACAGAUUUAGAUACUGCAAUAUGCUUCUUAACAUAUUGGAAAGUGUGUGUGUGUGUGUGUGUGUGUGUGUGUGUGUGUGUGUGUGUGUGUGUGUGUGUGUGUGUGUGUGUGUGAGAGAGAGAGAGAAAAAGAAGCAAAGACAGUAACAAGAAUGACUAUGCCUUCACUUCAGGAGAACAGAAUGACCUCUGAGAUUAUUGAGAGCAAUAACCCUACACACAGACGCGCACACACACACACACACACACACACACACACACACACACACACACACACGAACACAC